GGAGGAGGAGGAGGGAAGGAAGGAGAGAGAGAGAGAGAGGGAGAGGGGGAGAGAGAGAGAGAGAGGAGGGAGGUGCAGGUGCGCAAGCGAGGCAGAGGAGAGGGCAGAGGGCAGAGGAGGGGGAGGGCGAAGCGAAGCUCUCCGAGGUUCGUUGGGCUCUCAAGUGGCAGUGGAAAAUCCCGGAAACGAGCAUUCCCCUGCUUGACAGCUCUGUCGAUUUGGACCUCGGCGUCGUCGGUCCGGCUCGGACCUUGGUUGAACUGGAUCCCCCGAGGACGAGGAGGAGGAGGAGGUGGAGGAGGAGGGAGGGUGGUGGAGGAGGAGGAGGAGGAGGUGGGACGCUCUGAGGCAUGUUAGCAAUUGCUGCGUGCUGAGUUCGACCUCUGCUCGUUGUGGCGCAGUGCAGUGCGUGUUCAGGAUCGCAGACCAGGCGGGGACAGACGGACUGACAGCCUUCGGCGCCAGUCGGUACAUGGGCGUAAGAGAUUGAGUAGACGACGGAUGCUCGGAUUCAAGACAUAAAAUCUCUUCGGGUAACGUUGGGACCUCCUCCGAGUACAUCCACGACAAGAACGACACCAUCAACUACUAGUACUAGUACUACUACCACUACCACUACUACUACUACUGCCACCACUAGUGCUGUUAGUCAGCAAGUGCGUGCACGAUUCGGGUGCUAGACGAGCAGACUGACUGCCUGACUGGACGCGAUGGCUCGGAGUACUCAUGUGCCGAAGUUUGGAAACUGGGAUGCCAACGAUCAUAUGCCCUACACCGCGGUUUUUGACCAUGCCCGUACCGGGAGAGGUAAACCUGUCAAUCCGAAUGAUCCCAGCGAAAAUCCUGAGAUGUUCGGGGGAAGUAGAACCAAUGGCGCUGCCCCUGGGAGGCGAAUUUUUAACCCUAACGAUCCCGAGGACAUGGAUGCUUCAGAUCUGCAUCAGGAGAGACGUGGCACGGGGAACCGAGACUCAGGCAAUUCGCGGGCGCAGCAGCAGCAAGCUGUAGCCGCACCACCCAGGAGCGGCCAAGAGCCCCAGGCACGCAGGCCGGUAGCAGCCAUUCCCGCACAGGGACCACAUGCCGAGGCCCGGAGUAACCAGAUGCCCAGCCGAGCACCGCCGACUGAUCACACGAAGCGCCCCGGUAAUAGAGAGAGUGUUGGACUCGAUCGCAACAUGGACAGUGCUUCGACCAGCUUUUCUGCUGAUCAGUCUCCCUCUCACCCGACCGGUAAUCAGGCUCGAAAAACAGCCACAGGUAUGCUGGGCGGCGCCUCGCCCGCCCACGACAGCAGUCGCGGGAGGAGGUCGACGGGCGAGGAGCAGGCCGUUGCUCCGUCCACCCCCACGAGACAAACUCGUCUUCGAACUGGAAACUCUAAACCGGAAGAUAGCGCCCAAAACGGGGCAGCGGCUUUGCCGCGGUUCGGUGCGUGGAAUGCUCAGGAUCCAGGGUCAGGGGACGGUUUCACGGUGAUUUUUAACAAUGCCAGAAAUGAGCGGAGGGCGGGAGGGCCCGUCCGCAUUCCUCAGCCGAACGACAAUUCGAACGACGGCGAUCUGUACAACCAACAGAACAUGCUCAAGACGCGUGACCCCAAUAGGAGAUGGUUUUGCUGCUUUUCGCCGACUGUGAAUGCGUAAGAAAGUGCAACUUGUCAGCCAGUUGGAUGCACCCCCGUGCAAUUCGUUCCAAUUGGUCGCAGCAUAGAGAAAUUACGAACAUGGCGGUACCGGCCGACCGUGUCAUAUUUGGAGAGUGGUUUACCCUGCUCACUUGAAAGGAGUGAGGUCCAAUUGUAUCCGCUCUGAGGUCCUUCAACUUCGUUCUUUACAGAAAGAGCAGGAGUCGACUCCCUCCGUUGUAUACACCAAAUUAGCAUCAACUACGAAUUCUGGUGGAAGGAACCCUAAGUGGAGGUACUCCUUCCUGGGAGGUGGGAUGCCACCUUCUUGUUCUGGUUACUAAAUGACCUGAUCUAUUUCCGUAGGGGUUUCUCUCUGUGGUAUAUUUGGCUUGCAAGGGAUGGGGAGGUGCUGGAAUCACCACUUUAGAUCAGAGAACCAUCUGUAAGUAGAUCUAGAUGACAAACGAUAGUGUAAGAAAAUUGAUCUGGGACUAAAUUCAGACUUAACAUGGAUAGAGUGAGAGGCAAGACGCUUUGCUCGUGGAAUUUGAUGUUAGCUGUGGUGCCAGACGGCUCGUUCUGUUCUGUGCAUCCGGAACGAUAGGAAAGUCAGUGUAAUCUAAAUGUCAGUAUUAAUUGGUUGCAAAAGAGGCGGCCGGAGGCUUUUUUCGAGGAAUAAUAUGCCUUCAGGCCACUCAGGUAUUUGAUGUAAAUGACGCCAACUGCAUGAAGUGAGCGUCCGGUUUUUUGAUGCUUGAAAGUAAAGUAUUGUUUCUUU